AUGAAACUAAAAUUUUUAUUUGUAACAGAACCUAAUGUAAUUAAAUGUUCUACACAUGAAUAUCUCAUUUUUACUAAUUGGCAUAGUGUUUCUAAAUGGAAUAUAUCAUGUCCAAAUCAGACUGAAUUAUUUGAAACUAAUCCUCCUCAUUUAAUCGAAGAAACUCAGGUUUAUGUUGCUUGUUUUGAGAGUGAUAUGAUAUUAAAUCCUUAUCUUAUGUUGAAUUAUACAAAGAUGAAAAAAGGAAUGAUAAAAAAUCCAUGUGAAUCAAGCAUACUUUCAUCACAUUCAUUACCUGAUUUGACUGGCAUAGUUAAUAAUACUUAUCAUCAAUAUUCAUUCAAAGCUAAAUGUGUUGAUUCUCAAAUAUUUAUUAAUCUAAGUUCAAUAAGUUUUUCAUCUACAUCUAAUGAAAUACAUACUAUGUAUACAAAAUUUAACACUCAACCAGUGAUUUGUCGAUUUAUGUUCAAUCAAAGUGAACUUGUAAGAAAUAAAACAUGUAUGAUGAAUGCUACAUUGACAGUGAGAAAGUUAUGUUAUUAUGAUCCUCAGUUAAAAACAAUAUCAAAAGAAGUUGAUUGGAAUCUAUUAGAUAAUUUUUUCACAAAUCCAUCUUAUGCUCCAUCUCAUUGGCAAACAAAAAAUGGAUACUAUUAUAAUGAUAAAUUAUUAACAACCACUAUCACUAUAUCGGUAAGUACUGAUAAGACAACGACAUUCUCAACAGUCAGUACUACAAUAUCAACAACUACUGUUACGAAAACCGAUACCACCAAAAGUACAACUUCAUUCACCACUAGCGAAACAACAACAUUCUUAACAGUUAGUACUACAAUAUCAGCAACUACUAUGACAGAAGUUGAUACCACCGAAGAUACAACUUCAUUUACCACUACAGAAACAACAACAUUCUCAACGGUUAGUACUACAAUAUCAGCAACUACUGUUGUAGAAAUUGAGACCACCGAAGGUACAACUUCAUUUACUACUAGCGAAACAACAUUCUCAAUCGUUAGUACUACAAUAUCAACAACUACUAUGACAAAGAUUAGUACCACUCCGGAUACAACUUCAUUCAGUAGUAGUGAUAUAACAACAUUGUUUACGAUUAGUACUGCAUCAUCACCUAAUACUUUUACAGAAUUCGAUACCACAGUUUUAUCAACUAGUAGUCAUAGUCCAACACUAACCACAACUAUUAUUAGUGACAUUCUUACAUCAUCAAUCGAAAGUAGUACAUCAAUUAUAACUACAUCUAUACAAAGUAGCGAAAUUCCUUCGUCAAUUAUUACAACUACAACUGCUGAUCAUAUUUCGGAUACUAUCUUCGAAACAAUGUCGACAACACUUUUUGAUACAGGUACAACAUCUUAUAUAAAUGUAAACAAUAAUACAACAUCGAAAAAAAGCUCAAAAAGCUCUAAAACAUCGAAAACUAGUACAUCGACAACAUCUAUGAUACCUUUAAAUACUCUUUCUCCAACUAAAGAAUCAUCAUCUUAUAUUAAAUAUAUUAUAUUUCUACUUUCUAUAAUUGGCAUUAUUUUAUUGAUCUCGUGUCUUGUUUAUCUUUAUCAACACCAUCGAAAUAGGAGUAGUGAAUCAUUGUUAGAUCGCAAUGAUAGUGAUGAAUCGUAUGAUCCAAGCACAACGGAAUCUGAACUGGAUCCAUCGAAUGAAUCUGUUGAAGAAUCGACAGCUGCACAUACUAUAUCAGAAUUACCAAUACUCUUACCACAGCUACAACAAUCAAAAUCAUCUAGUAAACAGACUACUGGACGUAUUUUUAGUAAACUAGAUCCAGAUAAUCUUUAA